AUGUCCCUCUCCGCCCUCCGCGCGUCGUCGUCGCGCCUCCCCGCCGCCGCCGGAAUCCGCAGCGCCCGCACCCUCUUCACCCACCAGCCCGCCAACGGCGCCGCGGCCCCGCGCCACGCCGCGCCCGGCGCCGUCGGCGGUGUCGACCUGCGCGUCCUCCAGGGCGUGCCGACCUUUGUGGGCGCCGAGCAGAUGGCCCGCGUCAACGAGUGGCAGUCGGGCCUCUGGGCCAGGUUGCAAGACGAGGUCAGGAACAACCCCCGCCUCGCGCCCAUCCGCCUCAAGUGGGACAACGACAAGCUCGACAUGACCGACCUCCUCACCUUUACCGCCCGCGAGCCGGCGUGCGCCCUGGCGUUCAACUACGCCAGCCUCCUGCUCAACAACUCGUACUACCUCGAGUCUAUUAACGCGUCCACGCCCCAGGCUAUCCCCGAGAACUUUACGCAGCUCGAGGACCGCGUCGCAGCUUACGCGGACGGUAUUGUCGGCAGCGGCUGGCUCUGGCCCGGUACCACCCCUGGUAUCGAGCUUGGGAGGACGGGUGCGCUGUCGCCUGGUAAAAUGAUCGUCAAGUCGGGCGACAGCGCGCAGGACGUCGACGUCGUGCCCACCUUUGGCGCCGGCACCCUCCUCGUGACCAGGCGCCAGCAGCGCGGCCGCGAGUCCCUGCAGGCCGUGUACGGCACGCCCGCCACGUCGGGCGAAGACGCCGGCGCGAUCCAGCACGACACCCAGCCCGCCGCUGCCGCCCCCGCCGCCGACGAGGCGCCCGAGGAGGACGCCGCCCCGACCACUCGUUACCCCGAGCAGCCGCCGCGUUUCGGUGCCAACCCCAACGCCCCCAGCGAGGUCGUCCCGCUGGCUGUCCUCUCGCUGUUCGAGCACGCGUACCUCGGCGACAAGUACGGCGUGGCCUCGCGCAAGCAGUACGCCCUCGACUGGUUCAAGGCGCUCAACUGGGACAAGGUCCAGGCGCGUGCCGAGAGGUUUGGCGCGUUCUAA